AUGACAAAGCCAUUCAACAAAGAAACGAGCGAGACUGGCAGCAAUAGCUCGAAUGGUGGUGGUGGUAGCGGCAACAAUUCGGACAACUCGGCGCUGAUCAGUCUCGGGAAUACUUCUUUUGGUUUCAACUUUGACAGUGAAGGCGAAAACGCUCUGAGCAACUCGCUAAACAUGAACAACUCGUUGAACAUGAACAAUUCGCUGAACAACUCAAACAACAAUUCUGAAAAUGGUGAUAGUGAUGGUGGCAACCAGCAGCCGGUAUCGUCAAGUGGCGUAUCAUCAAGUGGGAAGUCUAAGAGUCAAUCGUCCAUCAAGACUGAGAAAGCCCCUGCCCCACGCAUGCAAUCACGGAAACAAGACCCUUCGUCAUCAUCUUCCGGUACCACGGAUGCUGGAAAUCCACCGCUGAACCAGCAAGCAAAAAGAGACAAGAGUGCUGCAGCAUCAAAGCCUGGGAAUGCGGGCAAAGCUUCUUUAAAAAGGAAGCCAAGCAUAGGGAGCGAUAGUGGAGGUUAUGAUACCGAUGAAGAAGGAAGAACUGGGAGUAUGGCAAACAGCGAAAAUGGGGAGACGGUUGGUUCCGAGAGUAAAAAGGGAGGGAGGAAAAAGAGAAAGGGCGGUGAUUCGAAGCGAGAAGAACGUAAUGCCAGAGAGAAAGAAAGAAGUUUCCGUAUAUCGAAGCAAAUCGGUGAACUUCGAAACCUACUAUCUAGUGGCGGCGUUAUUGUUCCAAAGGGGACAAAGAGUUCUGUUCUCACUGAAGCCGCGAACUACAUUCGACUGCUUCAGCAGCAUCACUACAGCUCUGAAAUUGACAGGCAUCAACUUGUGCAACAGAUUCAAAUGAUUGGCGGUGGAGCGUUGGGACAACAAGCUGCUUCUGCUGUGAGGCAUGUUGCAGCUCAGAAUGGUGUUUGGUCUCUUGGAAACUUUGGAGGUAUGCCACCAAAGUCUGCAAUGAUGUAUCACCAACCUUCAGAAGGAGCUGCUGAAGGUGCAAGCGCUGCAGCAGGAGCACAAAGUGCACAGGACGGAUCUCCUUUAAAUAUGAUCCAUGAUGGCGAUUACCGUUUCGUCUUCAACUCAUGUACAGUUGGAAUGGCCAUUGCAUCAAUGGGAGGGGCCUUCAUGGAUUGCAACCAACUCUUCUGCCAACUUUCGAACUACGACAAGCGAGAACUUUGUUCCAUGACAAUCUUCAAUCUCACGUUCAGAGAUGAUCUCCAGACCGCAUUCGACCUUAUCAGCCACAUGCUUCAGCCUGCGGGACCGGCUGCUGGAGAGCCAGCAACAUCCUGCAAACUGCGCGGAGUAAUGAAGAACAGAAACGACCUUGGUCUUAGCGUGAAUCUUAUCAAGGGAGAGGAUGGAGUUGCCAAAUGCUUUUGUGUCACUCUCAUUUGCAACCCCAAGGGUCCAUACGAUCCAGACCAGCCUGUACCUGCAACAUCCGAAAUGAUUCAGCCAACACCAGAUGCUCAGACGUCAAAAGUUCAAGGAUCGACAAUCGAUCAAACACCAAGAUAUACCACUGGAUGA